UUACGAAUAGUAACUUUGAAAUAGUAUGGAAUAUUCUCCUGUCGCGUUACGACAAUAAGCGUCGUCUUAUUACGACACAUUUAACUUCGCUUUUCAAUUUGCCAACUUGCACGUACGAGACCUCCAACAAUCUUCGUAAUAUUCGCGAUCAAACUAACAAAGCGAUACAAGCUCUCAGUAAUCUCGGUUGCGCUACCGAGCAUUGGAGUGAUUUACUUGUUUUUCUAGUGGCGCAGAAACUUGAUAAGUCUUCACGGAAGGCUUGGGAACUUAAGCUUGGCGAUGCCGUAGAGUAUCCAAGUUAUCACGAGCUUGACAGCUUCCUCGCAGCUCGCAUCCGCGCACUCGAUGCAUUAGCACCGGCGACUCAAACCGAGAAGUCACCCCCGAAUUCCAAAAAGCGAACACUCGCCUCGCAUAUCGCGUCCGCCGCUCCGUUUUCGUGUACACUUUGUAAGGAGAAUCAUUUAUUAUACCAAUGUCCUACAUUCUUAAAGCAGACUCCAUCCCAGCGUUUUGAGUUUAUCAAAACUCAAAAACGGUGCUCCAAUUGUUUUGGUGUCAAACACUCAGUGAAAGACUGCAAAAGCACUCGCGCGUGCAAAAGGUGUAGUAAACGGCAUCACACGUUAUUGCAUUUCGAUGCCUCCGCGCCGCAUGUCGAAUCGGAGCAACCGUCGACAACGACUCCCGCAAGCAGUGAGAAUUCGACUCAUAUCACGUCUCAUUUAAUCUCAAAAACCGUGGCACCGAAAUCUCAAAUCUUACUCGCGACAGCAUUAAUAAGAGUUUAUUCCCCUCAUAACCGGUUCAUUACCGUGCGUGCGCUUCUUGAUCAAGGAUCUGUAUCCACCUUUAUAACCGAAUCGCUUGCGCAACGCUUACGAUUAUCGAGGAUGAAUCGUUCUGUGUUCAUCACAGGCAUUAGCGAGAUGCAGUCCGUAGCGCGUCACGCGGCCCAAAUUACAAUUACCCCAGCGAGCAGCGAGGGACCUGCAUACACGACAACAGCGCUUAUACUUCGGUCAUUGACUAAAUACAUGCCAAGUCGCGUCCGGAGUGACUAUAAUUGGAAACACUUAACAGGGCUCCAACUUGCCGAUCGCGACCUCAUGAGUUCGGAACCAAUCGAUGUCAUAAUCGGCGCUGAUCUAGUCGGGAUGUUGGUUCUUGAGGGAGUCCGACAGGGUAACGAGAAUAAACCCACCGCGCAAAAUACGACUCUAGGUUGGAUCCUCUCAGGACCAACCGCUUCGGUUCAAACUGAUGAAUCAAAAGGCUUCCAUCUUGCACAUCACGGAGUCGUUCUCGAAAGUCUCGAUCGCGAUCUUCGUCGCUUUUGGGAAAUUGAUGAGGUUCCCCAGCUGGAAAUUCGAAGCCCUGAGGAGCACCAGUGCGAAGAGCACUUCCGAACAACACAUUCCCGCACGCCGGAAGGACGUUACGUCGUCCGAUUACCGUUUAAAAACGGACCUCCCAUUUCGUUAGGUGAAUCGCGUCAGAACGCCAUUACCAGCCUACACCGGUUGGAUCGCCGACUAUGUCGAGAUCCCAGAAAAGCAUCCGAGUACUCUGAUUUUCUAGCAGAGUACGAAACCCUCGGUCAUAUGACCAAAAGUUCACUCUCCGAAAUUGCCAAUCAAGAGCAAGCCUAUUAUAUUCCGCAUCAUGCGGUCCUAUGUGAUAGCAGUGCUACAACCCGCCUUCGAGUCGUUUUCAAUGCCUCAUGCCGAACCUCAAACGGACUGUCACUCAACGACCAUAUGCUCAUCGGCCCCAAACUUCAAAAGGAUUUAGCUGCGAUUCUAUUGCAGUGGCGUCAAUACCGUUAUGUGUUUAUAGUCGAUAUCGCCAAGAUGUACCGGCAAAUUCUAAUCGACCCUCGGGAUACCGAUUACCAACGAAUUGUGUGGCGACCGCAUGCCACCCUCAUCACGGAGUACCGUCUUCUUACAGUUACCUAUGGCACAGCUGCCGCUCCCUACUUAGCCCUUCGAGUUUUGAACCAACUCAUAGAAGACGAAGGAGCCGAAUUACCACUCGCCGCUUACGUUCUUGGUCAUCAGACUUAUGUUGAUGAUUGCGUUUUCGGUGCAGAUGAUCCAACUCUCGCUCGUCAAAAACGCGAUCAAUUAGUCGAGUUGUUAAGAAGAGGAGGCUUUCACCUAAGAAAAUGGGCGAGCAACGUAAAUGAUCUGAUCGCUGAUCUCGACCCCACCGAUCACGGUUUAGCAACUCAUAAAUUUCUGCAGAACAAUGAGAGCCUUAAAGUAUUAGGAAUAAUCUGGAAUCCUAAAUUAGACAUUUUCCAAUUUCGUGUAACUUUACCAGCAUCAACCGAUAAAACUAAACGAGCCAUUAUGUCGACUAUCGCGAAGUUUUUCGACCCAUUAGGAUGGGCGACUCCCGUUAUUAUUAUCGCAAAAAUAUUCAUGCAAAAAUUGUGGGCCCUUCAAUGUGAGUGGGACGAAGAAAUCCCUCGCCAACAUCUUAAGGAGUGGUCCGACUACCACGAAUUACUUUCGCAUCUCAAUGAUUUGAGUAUUCCGCGCUGGACUACAUCGGUAUCCAACGCAAGACACAUAGCCUUGCAUGGAUUUUCCGACACUUCGACGUCAGCCUUCGCCGCGUCACCGUCCAGAUGGGAGACGUUCGUCGCCAAUCGGGUUUCGACUGUCCAAUAUCUUCUCCCAGGAGUUCCUUGGCAUCAUGUCCCGACGCAAAACAAUCCCGCUGAUUGCGCAUCACGCGGUCUAAAUCCCAACGUGUUCAAGAAACAUGACUUGUGGUGGAAAGGCCCUCCAUGGCUGCAAAACCCUCCCGAGUCAUGGCCAGAAUCACGCCAUUCGAUACCGUCCGAUGUGACUCUCGAACAACGAUCAGAUCCUCCAGUCUUGUCAUUACUCGCCUCCCCAUCAUGGGAUCUCGAAACGCGGUAUUCUUCAUGGCCAAAAUUGCUACGGGUCACCGCUUACCUGUACCGCUUUAUCACGCGACUUCGUGCCCCUAACAAAACAAAACCUCAUAUCAAUACGUUACUCCCCGAAGAAAUUCAGAAAGCUAAGAGUCAUUGGCUCAAAAGGAUGCAGUCGGAUAAGUUCCCAAAAGAGAUCGCAGCUCUAAGCAAGCAGCGUCCAUUACCAAAAGGCAGCGCCCUGUCAUCCCUCAACCCUUACUAUGAUGAAGAGGGACUCCUUCGAAUUCGAGGAAGACUCCGUCGAUCAAGCCUACCAGGCACAGCAAAGAAUCCCAUUGUCUUGCGCGCACAUCCGCUUGUCGCACUCCUUAUCAGGCAUCAUCACUUAAGAAUGAUGCAUGCCGGCUCUCAAUUAUCGCUCACAUCAUUGCGAGCUGAGUUUUGGAUUCUACGGUCUCGCGCUACCGUUCGAUUCGUUCUUUACAAGUGCAUCCAAUGCACGCGUGAACGCGCCGAGAAACCAGUCGAACUCAUGGGCGACCUCCCGGCUGAGAGAGUCAAUCGUGCCGCUCGCGCAUUUGCGCAUACCGGUGUCGAUUAUGCAGGUCCCAUCAAUGUCCGAGUGAAAUCCGGGCGAGGACAUAGGUCGCAAAAGGCAUAUAUCGCGCUGUUCGUGUGUCUCACAACCAAGGCUCUGCAUGUGGAGCUUGUCAGCGAUUAUACGUCCUCUGCCUUUAUUGCCGCAUAUCAGCGAUUUGUGUCCCGUCGCGGACAACCGAACUCAAUGUAUUCCGAUAACGGCACAACCUUCCACGGCGCCAAUCGAGAAUUAUUCGAUGCCCAUGCGAGGGCAAUUCGCGAUCCGAAUUUUCGAAACCAUCUUGCGACCGACAAAACCGAGUGGCAUACCCCCCGCAGCACCGCACUUUGGCGGUUUAUGGGAGGCCGGCGUUAA